GAGUCCAGUGACAUCUCCAUAGUAUAAGAAAAACCCUAACUCGCCGAUGUCGCAGACGCCUCCAUAAAUCCUCGCUGGUUCUGCCGUGUCCGCCUUUGAAGACAGCUUCCAUCCCCCGACCGAACCGCUUCGAUGGCUCCAAAGAAGGAUAAGGGUCCUCCACCAUCCUCCAAACCCGCCAAGUCUGGUGGUGGCAAGCAGAAGAAGAAGAAGUGGAGCAAGGGAAAGCAAAAGGAGAAAGUGAACAACAUGGUGCUCUUUGACCAGGCCACUUAUGACAAGCUCCUCUCGGAGGCACCCAAAUACAAGCUUAUCACUCCUUCAAUUCUCUCUGAUCGUUUGAGGAUUAAUGGAUCACUUGCAAGGAAGGCAAUUAGAGAAUUGAUGGCGAGAGGUGCAAUCAGGAUGGUAUCUGCACACGCCAGUCAGCAGAUAUACACUAGGGCUACUAAUACCUAGAUGUAUCCCACAUGUCAUUUCUCAUCUCGUGCUAUUGGUGGAUUUGGCCAAGAAUUUUUGUUUUCCAUUUGGGACAAAGUUCUCAUGUUAUAUUUCGUCACCGCAGUUCUAGAUAAUUUCUUAAUCCAUGUUUUGUUUAUUUAGAUUUUCGCUGUGCCCAUGGCGUUUGAUUGAGUGAAAUGACGAUGUAGUUAAAUCACGAAUGUGGUGGAAGUAAAUGGUCUUAGACACUUUAUGAUUGA